UUCCCGGAUUGUGAUCGCAGCAGGAAGUGAUGCCAAGUCUUCCACGGUGGCUCCUCUUCUUACGUGGCAACGCGUCAGACGACCGCGAGACACUGAGCACAAAGAGACAGAAUAUUCAUUAAAAUACAUUUUCUUAACUGUUUCGGUUAUUGUUCGGGUUUAGGGUUUUCUUUUGAAUCAUCAUGGGUCUGACCAUCUCGUCGCUCUUUGGGAGGCUUUUCGGGAAGAAACAGAUGAGAAUACUGAUGGUGGGUUUGGACGCUGCUGGUAAAACCACAAUACUUUACAAGCUGAAGCUGGGAGAAAUUGUGACCACUAUUCCUACUAUAGGUUUUAACGUAGAGACCGUUGAAUACAAGAACAUCUGCUUCACCGUGUGGGAUGUCGGCGGUCAGGACAAGAUUCGUCCUCUCUGGAGACACUAUUUUCAGAACACACAGGGUCUGAUCUUUGUGGUGGACAGCAAUGACAGAGAGAGAGUGGCAGAAUCUGCAGAAGAGCUUUCUAAAAUGUUGCAGGAAGAUGAACUGAGGGACGCCGUGCUGCUGGUUUUCGCAAACAAACAGGAUCUGCCUAACGCCAUGGCUGUCAGUGAACUCACAGACAAACUUGGGCUACAGAGUCUACGCAGUAGAACGUGGUAUGUCCAAGCGACCUGCGCUACACAAGGUACCGGACUCUAUGAAGGACUGGACUGGUUAUCAAACGAGCUCUCCAAACACUAGUGUGCCUGCUCAUACUGGCGAGAUGCGUGUGAACUUUAGAAAGACGGGAGUGUGUGGGUUGAUAGACUCUCUUGAAGAACUUGAGUGAGUGAGUGUGUUUGUGUAUGUGGAGGAGCUAUCAAGUGUUCAGCAUCAUGUCUAAUCUAUCUUAUCUGUCUUUUUCUAUGCUCUAUUCCUACUAAUGUUCUUUUAAUUUUUUUCCCUUAAAAAAUCUGAUUGUUUUCAUGACUUUAAGAUAAUGCUUAAAUUGCACGUUUACUUGAUAACUGUGAGAGCAUUAUGGCACAACAGAAAGGAAGUUCUGGAGGAAUUCCAGGUCGAGGCGUCCCUCUCGUGCAAGUUUGGGGUAGUUGUAGCUUAAGAGCGAGUAAAUGCCAGAAAGAAGCCAUUGUGCGUUGACGCUCACUCCAAGAUCCCUGUUGCAGUGCUGCCUAACUUGACUAGUGAGUCGCAGGAUUCCCCAGUUCAUGAACAUUCCAUUUCAUGGCAGUUAAUUUUAUUCUAGGGGGUUGUUUUACAAAGCUACACAUUAACUUUUGUUGCAGAAGCCUCCCAAGUCUUGUUUCAGAGACUUUGCCACCAACAGAUUCUUUGGAACAAAAUGGUACAUGAAGUAUUGACAGCAAUAUGAUUGAUUAGCCUAAUGAUCUCUAACCGCCUUUGAUGUUAAAUACCUCCGUUGAACAAUAAGCAAGUAAAUGUUUUUUGUUGAAAGCAUUUGAACAGAUCAUCGUACCUUGCCUGAUUUUUUGGAGGUGGGAUGGACGUUGUGGGUUGGACCAGGAUGAAAUGUUUCUUCAGUCUGCUCCAUGUUUCUUUUCUCUUUUCAUGUCAAAUGGCUGUAUGUAAGCUGGCUCCUUUAGUAUCAGCGAUUAAGGUGCAUUCAGUUGAGAAUUUUGUAUAGGACACUCCAGUACACCAAUAAGGUCCUUAUUUCCUGAGCAGGAUCUUCUGAUCUUGUACACUUCCCUUCUGUGGCAAAUAAAAGCCCUACUCUUGUUCAAACUGUGCCACAAGGUCCACCCCUGUGAGAAAAUAAAGAUCUGAUAAAAACUGAA